GACGCUAUCUAAAGUUGUUCUCGAUUCGGAGCCAGUAAAUAGUGUCGACCAUCUAAAACGUGUGGCGCGAUUUGAGGAAGGGAUUUUUAGAUUUAUCAGGAUCCGUAGUUAUUGUAGCGGACGUGGUGACCGCUGUACCCCGAAACUCUGGUGCUGCUAGCUCAGAUCAUACGCGUACUUAUUGCAGGUGAACUGCUGACGAGCAACCAGUGUCCAGUUAUUAUCCGAGUGAAAGUGAAGCCAGGUCAAGAAUAUUAAAAUCAAGACAAGAUCAAGGAAGUCGUGAGUCAACAUACACAACUUUGAUGAAAUAGUUUCAACUUCUUUGUGGAUAGAUUCAUCUUCUUGUAAACUGCUCCAGAAAUAUGCCUCCCAAAGGCCGUAAGAAAGCGUACAAGCUACCCGAUCCUCUCCCAGAGGGCGAUGUCUUGCAAGAUGUCCGUAAAAAGGAAUGGAGGCUCGGGAAACCCAUCGGACAAGGAGGUUUUGGGAUGAUUUACAAAGCUUCUGAAAAUACUUCUGGCAAGACCAAGAGUGAUGGAACUUAUGUGAUUAAAAUUGAGCCACAUGAAAAUGGACCUCUGUAUACAGAACUACAUUUCUAUCAGCGAGCUGCCCAAGUAGACCAAGUCGCAAAGUGGCAGAAAGAACACAAACUAUCCCACCUGGGUGUGCCUAAGCUGUUUGGGUUUGGCAGUCAUGAUAGUGAUGGAACCAAGUACAGGUUCCUGGUUAUGCCUCUGUUUGGUGAAGACAUCUGGAAGAAGUAUCUGGCAUGCAACAAGAAAUUCACCCCAGGGCUGGUCUUUGCCCUGGCAAUUCAAAUUCUGGAUUCCUUGGAGUACCUCCAUGAAAUGAAUUAUGUUCAUGCCGACAUCAAGAGUGCCAAUCUGCUGCUUGGUUUCUCACCCAAAGAUAAGAAUAAGGUGUUCUUAGCAGACUAUGGCUUAGUGAAUAGAUAUAAACCUGAUGAUAAACAUAGGAAAUACGAGGAGUUCCCAAAGAAGGGACACAAUGGCACUCCAGAAUUCACAAGUAUUGAUGCUCACCUAGGAGUCUCUCCAUCUCGUCGAGGUGACAUACAGAUCUUGGGCUAUGUGAUGCUGCAGUGGCUCUGCACAACAUUACCAUGGGAAGACAAGCUCACAGAUUUAAACUAUGUCAUGAAUCAAAAGAUCAAAUAUUCCAAAGAUAUUUCUGGACUACUCAAGACUUGUUUCAGUUCUUCCUAUCCCAAUGAACUCAAGACCUUCCUGGACCAUGCUUUUAAGCUGAAAUAUGAUGAGGAACCUGAUUACAAUAAACUACGAGCACUCUGCAGGACUGUCCUCAAGCGUGAAGGAAUCAAGGAAGGAUCUGUCUUUGACUUUGGAUCUCAGUCACCCACUGACGCUGUUCCCAAUGGUUCACCUGUCCAAUCCAAGAAGAGGAAAGCGACUUCCAAAGAGAGAGAACCUGCUCCUAAAGGCAAGAUGGCGAAGGCUGAUAAACCAGGUCCAUCAGGAGCUGCAUCCCCCAGAGCUGCUCCUCCUAAGAAAAGAACGGCAUCAGCAAAAGAACCGGUAAAGUCACCAGUCCGGUCUCCACUCCAAAUAAAACACAUCGUUACAACACCAGGAGCACUACAAAAAAAAGCAUCAAGAGCUAAGAAAGCAGCCAAAACUAAUGGAGUAUCUACACCUAGCAGGAGAAUCAGGAAGAUAAAGACCAAACCAAGUCGGAUGGUAGCCUCAAGUACACAAACAACACCGGGACUGGAGAGGAGAGCAAGCAAAAGAUUAAAAUUAACUCUUAUGUAGACUUGAAAUACUACAUCCACAUGUUUAUAAUGUAGCUCAGCGAACGUAGUUGCAUGGAAAGAUACGUCCGGAAUGUGGACGGCGAAAUAGUUUAGUGGUGUUGGUGAAUAAACAGUCCUCAUUUGACAUAUUUGAAUGAAGUUUGAGGUAAUAUUGAACCUUAUCAAAGUAAAUGCAUGUAUUUGCGAGAUCCAUAUCUUAAAACUGAGGAGGGUCUACCUUUGUGUGAUAAAAUAAUGACAUUAAACGAUGAUUCAUUUUUGCGUUCAGGAAGUGUCUUUUUGUGCCAUGGCAUUCCACUGAUCUCCCUACAAGAACAAAGUAGCCCAUUCAGGUAUGAAAUUGUGAGUGUUAAGCUGUCUUGUGGCUCUUCUGCAGCCACUUCGCGACUACCUUUUGUUUACAGCUCUGAAAUUUUAAUUUUGUUUUAAAUUGGCCCAAGCCAGGCCCUUAUGGCUUGGCUUAUGUGAUAGUCUGACAGCAGAAUCAGACAUGCUGCAAUUAGAUUUAAAUUCAGAUAUCAUAUUGUUUUUUAAGUAUUUUUUUAUCAACGUGCCCUGCAUAGACUGUAUGUAAAAUAUUGAUGAGAGUUAGCAGAGCAACAUGUAAUGAUAUGAGACUGGAAAUAUGUUGAAAUAAUUUGUAUCGUUUGUUGAAUAUAAAUGAUGUAAGCAGAUGUAUAUCUCAUAAAAUCUCUCAGUCAAAUAUGAUGACCAACUAUCCUGAAUGUUUGUGAAGUUAAAACAAACACAAAAUAGAAACUCUUUGUUUCAUUAUUUUAGUCAAUAUAUUCACUUUGGUGUAAACAUAGCCAGUCAUUAGAAACUCAAAUGUGUAGGUUACCUAUACAUAGUAAUUUAACAUUUUCUAAUGUUGUAGUGUGUAAGCAAGCAUAUGAUGUCAGAAAAAAAAGUUAUUUAUGUAGUGUUAAAUCACAAUAAGUGCCAUGCUGUAUAAGCUGUUAUUUUCACAUACAAAUAUAUUUUUGUGAAUUUGUUGUGCAAUGGCACAGGAUACUAACGUUACAUGUUCACACAAGCAUUGCCUGGCAAGCUUAUUUUUGCUUCCUGUUCAAUUUGCAACUCUACAUCAAUUGGCAAAAUGUACAAGAAUAAAACACUCAUAGAUUUUGCAACAGUAUUUUGGUCAACUCCCUGAGCAUGCAUAUUACACAUUCUGUUUACAUUUUGGUAUGUGCCCUCCACUUUUUAACCACCCCCCCCCCCCCAUAAGCAUGCUUUUGUCUAAGUUGAUGCACCAGAUGAGAGGCACCUCCGUUCCUUCAAAACCGUAAAUCUUGGAUUUACUGUUGACAGUGUGGUUGCGAUUAUGCCCAAAGUAGGGAAAUUUAAGGAGGUCAGAAUGAAUGAAGUGCCCAAUCCAGUUCCAGAUCAAAGCCAAUUUAGAAUACUCAAAAUGAAGAAACCCUUUCAAGAAAAUGUAUGUGAAAAGCAGGCUGAAUCAUUGUUAUGUUAUAAUUGUUCAAUUUAUGCUGUUGUAAAGUUUAGGCCUGCCAAUGUACCUUAUAAGGUGAAAACUAACUUGGGGACACUUUACAUGGCCGGGACAUGGAACCUUUAAUGGACUUCCUUGUUUCUUUUACUUAUCUUUUAGUACUCCGCAAUUACACAUUUUCUUUCAGAACUAUUUAGCAGAUCAGUUUAUAGACAAUAAUAUGUGGUGAUAACUUGUUGGACUGUAUUAGGAUUUUAUCUGUACCAGAACUCA